GACACGUGCAAAGCAUCGAAAGCCCCAAAGAGGGAAGCUUUUGCGUGGAGUGCGAAACCUUUAUUCAGGUGGCGACCAAAACUGGUGGGACUGAGACCCGGAUCGUGACGCCCUUCUCGAUCUUAAAGAGCAAGUUUAAGCCGAAUUUCCACAUUCACUACGCCAAAGCAGCGGAGUAUCAGCAGUUAGCUCAGCGCCUCAUGCGCGCUUCCAUCACGGAAGUUCGGCAGAUCCUUUCAGAGGUCACUGCGGAUGUCCGCUUCGACGUGAGCCGCUUGGGGCACCGGGAAAAUGCCCUGCUGCCCGGUGGUUUGUGGGUUCGACAGGUGGAACCGCUCCUAGAAGUGAGGGGGCUGCUGCAACUGUCCACAGACGCCAUCUACGUUCAGCCGCACCCCAACUUCUCCUCGGAGUUCGUGCGCCGUGUGCCCCUGAGUGAUGUACUUCAUGUGUUCCGCCGCGUCUACGGCGUGCAGGCCAAAGCCUUGGAGAUCAUCACCGUUCACGGGGGAUGUCUCUACCUUUGCUUCGAGGCACACGGCCAAUGCGACCAUGUGGAAGCACUGCUGGAGGAGCAGCGGAAAGCCCUCAUCGUCAGUCCAAGCGUCCUGAGGUCCUCGCUGGAUGAUGCGGAAACCGUGCUGCAGAACGUGAGGAAGAUGACGGCUCUUUGGCAGAGUGGGGUCCUUUCAAACUUUCACUACUUGGACUUCCUGAACUGCGCAGCGGGACGCUCGAGGAAUGACUUCUCCCAGUACCCGGUUUUUCCAUGGGUCAUCGCUGACUAUACCAGCGCCACACUGAAUCUGGAGGACCCCGCCAGCUACCGGGACCUCUCCAAGCCGGUGGGCGCCUUGGCGGAGAAGCGGCUCAAGUACUUCCGUGAGCGGAUGGCAGGGAUGCCCGAGAACCAGGAGCGAUUCCUCUAUGGCACACACUACUCCACUCCAGCCUACGUGAUCUACUGGCUGCUCCGGUCCAUGCCAGAACGAAUGCUCCGGCUCCAUAACGGCCAUUUCGAUGCAUGGGCUCGGCUCUUCCGUUCUGUGAAGGAGUCCUGGGACUCGGUGCAUGAGAGCACCACGUCGUUGAUGGAGCUCAUCCCGGAGUUCUUCAUCCUACCGGCCGAAUGGCUCCAGAAUUCCCUGCAGAUCGUGACGCCCGAGCGGCCCUUGGGCGAUGUGGAGCUCCCCCGCUGGGCCAGCAGCGUCAUCGACUUCAUCUGUCAGAUGCGUGCAGCGCUGGAAAGCGAACACGUCUCACAGUGUUUGCCUGCAUGGAUUGACCUGAUUUUUGGCUACAAGCAGUCGGGUGAGGCGGCAGUCAAAGCAGACAACGUCUUUCAUCCCGUGUGCUACGCUGGCUCCAAGACAUCACCCGACGAGGCCGACAUGAGCUCUUUCGGUCUUCCGAUGGAGGUGCUGGAGACGCAACUGCAGGAGUCUCAUGGCCUAACCUGA